CACUUUCUGCAUGAUUUGUAACAAUCUGUUUGUAAAGGGGAAGUAUAAUAUUUUAUCUCCUUUGCACUCCUUUAUUUACAAUGAAUCCCCUUUUUUUUUGCUUCUUAUUAAACAAAGCAGCUGAAUUAUGGUUUCUUUCCUUUUCUUUUCUCUAUUAUAAUGCAAGAAUAUCAAAAGAAAGAUUUUUCAAACCGUUCUAUUAAAAGCAUUAAAUCCCACCACUCAUUAAAGGGUCUUUCAAACAAGACACAUGUGACUAAGCUCUAUAAUACCACAGCUUCACUUCACCACUUGCCUACCUUGAGUCAAAAGCACCAUGAACCACUUCCCCGUGAAAAACUCAAAGGCGUACUUGACAAGUUUGUUGAUUUAAUGAGCUAUACAGCUACUAUUACAGAUCAACCUUAUCAUAUGGAUAUUUCUUUCCCUUAUAACACAAGACAUGUUACACAUGUUGGUUAUGAUGCAAAUACUGGUGAGUUUACAGGUUUACCUAAAGAAUGGCAGACACUCUUAAAGACAAGUGGUAUUACACGUACUGAACAGGAGAAAAAUCCUCAGGCUGUGAUCGAUGCGAUUGAAUUCUAUCAACAAAAGAAUAUGGAUGAAGCAGUCUGGCAUAAAAUACCAAGAGCAAGACAAAGCAUUCAGUCGUUGGACUCGGUUGAAACUAAAAAAGAAAACCCAUUAAGCAAAUCCAUCAGAAGAUUAUCAAAGUUAAAGUUGAGUGAUUGUGCUAAGCGAUUAUCUUCGGCUUCAAGUAGGUCUUCUACAGUAGACUCUCAAAAAACCAAGGAAGACAAGUUAGAUGAAACACCUGUUACGCCACCAUUAUCGACUAUUACCGUUAACCAAAAGUCAGACAUUUCAAUAUCAACUAUCGUUGUGGAACCUGUAAAAGGAGAAGAAGAGGAAGAAGAGAAGCUGACGAUAGCAUCACCACCACCUACAGUUUCUAAGCGUAAAGCAAAAGAACUUAAAAAACCAGAAAAGGAUUUCAUUCAACAACUUAAAAAGAUAUGCUAUACACUCAACCCAAAUGACAUUUAUAAGGACAUGACUAAAAUUGGCCAAGGUGCUUCGGGAGGCGUGUUUAUAGCUCAUAGGACAAUCAAAAAUGACCAUGGACAAGAUACCACUAUACCAGUAGCCAUCAAACAAAUGAAUUUGGAACAACAGCCCAAGAAGGAACUGAUUAUCAAUGAAAUCAUCGUCAUGAAGCAAUCACAAAAUGCUAAUAUAGUCAACUAUCUAGACUCAUAUCUUUGGAAAGAUGAUUUGUGGGUGGUGAUGGAAUACAUGGAAGGAGGAAGUUUGACAGACGUGGUGACUUGUAACAUGAUGAUGGAAGGACAAAUAGCUGCUGUUUGUAAAGAAGUCUUGCAAGGACUAAACCACUUGCAUUCAAAUGGAGUCAUCCAUAGAGAUAUCAAAAGUGACAAUAUUCUAUUAAGCAUGCAAGGCGAUAUAAAAUUAACUGAUUUCGGUUUUUGUGCUCAACUUAAUGAAGACCAAACGAAACGUACUACUAUGGUAGGCACUCCUUAUUGGAUGGCACCUGAAGUAGUCACACGUAAAGAAUAUGAAUUUAAAGUAGACAUUUGGUCACUCGGUAUUAUGGCCAUUGAGAUGAUUGAAGGAGAGCCACCUUACUUAAAUGAAAAUCCUUUAAGAGCGCUCUAUUUGAUUGCAACCAAUGGUACACCUACACUUCAAAGCCCAGAGUCACUUUCAGAUGUCUUUCGAGACUUUUUAUUCAAAUGCUUGGAAGUGGAUCCUGAACUUCGUCCUUCAGCAAAAGAAUUGUUAGAACACCCAUUUAUUCAAUUAGCUGAUCCUCUACGUUCUCUAUCGCCUCUGAUUCGUGCUGCCAAAGAAAACAAUGCUUCUUAAAUGAUUAUCUACCAAUUGUACGUCCGUAAUUUAUCAAGAAAAAGUUAUAAUAAAAUAAAUUUGUUAAUCGAGUUCUGCAUGA